ACAAUGUUUGCGAGAGGAAUAAAGAGAAAAUGUUUUGAUGGUGAAGAAGAUAUUGAAGGUACCGUGGCUGGUUUUAAGGCUAUUCCCUCAUAUAAUCUUCAGCGGCAAUCACUUUUAGACAUGUCUCUGAUAAAACUACAGUUGUGCCACAUGCUUGUUGAACCUAAUCUGUGUUGCUCAGUUCUCAUAGCAAAUACUGUAAGGCAGAUUCAAGAAGAAAUGACCCAGGAUGGAACUUGGCAAGUGAUAAAUGCUCAGAAUACAGGACAAUCUUCUCUUGACCGUCUAGUGUCAUCAGAUAUUCUUUGUCGUUCAACAAAAGAACAGAGUGAUGGGAAACUCAUUCCAAGUUACAGUAGUUUCUCAAAAGACUUUGAAGAUAUCUAGUCCCAAGAUAUUAUUUCUGACCUGUCCAUGAUUACAUCAGUACAAGCUUCAAGAAACCCUCAAGGUAAUGUUUGGGAAAUGGAGAACCCUCCCGAAAAUAGGGGAAACUUUCAGAAGUCACUAGACCAAAUAUUUGAAACAUUGGAGAGCAAAAAUCCUAAUUCUGUAGAAGACUUAUUUUCAGAUGUUGACAAUUCUUAUUAUGAUCUUGAUACAGUAUUAACAGGAAUGAUGAGCAAUACAAAAAUGGGACAUUGUGAUGUGCUUGAGAGCUUUUCAUCUCAAACAACCACAAAUUCUAACUCAAAUUGUAAAUCUGAUAUAAAUGAGCUUGACCAUAUUGUGGAAAUCCUUGUUGAAUCUUGAAAUGGUUAAAUUCAAAGCAUGAUACUUUGAAGAAAUCAAGAACUUUUGAAAAAACAAGCCUUCAAAUAGUUUACUAUCAAAUGUAUAUGUAAUCUACAUAAA